UAGCGUUCGAAGUGUGCGUUGGUUGUGCCAGGUACUAAUCGUCUGUGGUCUCCGAAUACCCCUUUUCUCCAAAAAAGCGGAAGAGCGAGCGGAGGGUCGGAGUGAUCAACCUUCAAUAGAAUGACUGACUUGUGCUUAAUUGCUAGAGGGUAUAUAGAGCAUUGCUUGGAAUCGACAAGCACAUACGACCACAGGGUGUGGAAAAUAGGGCUUCCCGUCCGCUCAGCCGUACUCAAGCCACACGCCGGGAGGUUAGUAGUUGGGUGGGUGACCACCAGCGAAUCCCUUCUGUUGUAUGUCGGUGCUCACCUCUCUCUUCUUACCCGGUGGGUAAGGCGUCAUUGCCGCCUUAUCUUCACCCCUAUUCACCUCUCUUCAGUUCGUUCAGGGCGUGACCUCUCUAAACUGUACUCAUUGCUCCCGCAGCCGAUGUGGCCUCGUAGCACAGCCCCGUUGCCAAGAAUUACCCCUCAGUUAGAUGUUGAUCUCACUACCUUUUCUGUGUCAGUGCCAGCAACUUUUGGACUCCCGCAACGUACAAAGCAAUGAUUAGUUGAAUUCUACCCUAGUCUUCGACGACCUGCCUGGCUAUUUAUUCUCUCCACCUACGCAAGCUAAUUAUGUACCUCAACUAUAGGUAC